AUGCAAGGUCUCCUCCACUCCGCUUCCACCGAUGCCCGCCUCGAGCUCGCAGAAGGCAUAUGCGUCCUGACAUAUUCAAAACUAAUUGUAGAAGAUAUUACAAACAUCGUGAGGGACGAUGGUGCUGGUGCGAUCGCAGUCUUCAUAGGAACAACGCGAAAUUCAUUCAAAGGAAAGGUAGUUACGAAGCUGGAGUACCAGGCCUACUCCAAAUUAGCAAUCAAAACAUUGGCCCAAAUCCUGCAAGAUGUUCAGCAACUGUCCCAGCGCUCUGAGCACCAGCCCCCGAGCAGUGACAAACCUGUCACAGCGUUGAUCAAAUGCGCCGUGUACCAUCGCCUCGGAACGGUCCCUGUCGGUGAACCCUCCAUAGUCAUUGCUGUCUCUUCUCCACACAGAAAGGAGGCCUUCCGCGCCUGCGAAUACAUUCUUGAAGAAGUGAAGCAGAAGGCGCAGAUCUGGAAAAGGGAAUUUUACGAAGGGGAGGAUGAAAGCACGGCAGUAUGGAAGGAGAAUGUCUAG